AUGAAAAAAGUCUUUCAUUCAGUUAAAAUCGGUAUGGUUCGUCGAGGAUCAAUCCAUGCUCACUCAGAUGAUUAUGAAUUUCGAUCCGAUAUUGAACAACAGCCAAAUCAGCAGUCUAUUAAAAACCAGCCCUUCGAAAAACAAAUAAGUAGAAGUGCUCGUCCUCAUGGUGAAGUUCAUGAAGGAAAACCUUCUUCAACAUUGGAAGAACCUAAAAAUAUUCGUCUGAAUCAUAUUAAAGAAACCAGUUAUCCCAAUCAACAUCAUCCAAAAAUGUCCACUUCACCGGUACCUCCAUCAUCUCUUCAUAUGCAAAAAUACAAACCAACAAUUCAAGAACAAGCAUCAACAAUAAGCAAUCUCAAUGAAGUACCCACUACAUCAAAAUGGUCAACAAGAAAAAAGGUUAUAGUGGGUAUUUCAGCAUCUUUGAUAACUGCUACUGUUAUUAUCGUUACAAUUGUUCUGAGUGUAUUACUUACGAGACGAACAGAAUCAACGACAACAACAACUACUGUAGCUUCAGUAAUUGUUUCUGCCUAUUGGACUUUCGAUAACACAAUAGCAGAUUCAUAUGGUGCUUAUAACGGUCAACUAAUAAAUAGUGCAGGAUAUACUUCUUCGACUUCAACUAGUGUACCAUAUGUUGGACAUGGUCAAGCACUUAAUUUAGUUUCAACAUCGAGUCAAUCAUUUCUGGUUUCGACAUCAUUUUUUAAUUUAAGUUAUACAAGUUUCACCAUCGAAGCUUGGAUUUAUCCUACAUCACUUACGUCUACCGUUGAUCGUGGGAUAUUUGGUCAAUGUCAAUGUUCAGCCUGUUCUAAUCAAUGCUUGUAUUUAAUUAUCCGAAAUAGUCGCUUGUAUAUUGGUUUUACCGUGAAUGAUUUGUCUGGUUCAACGACUUUAUCAAAUUCUAAUUGGUAUCAUAUUGCAUUUGUCUACAAUUAUGAAACACGACAACAAAUAUUAUAUAUCAAUGGAGUUCAAGACGCUAUUAAGUCAAAUGCAGAGCCUUACCAAGGAAAAAAUGGAAGUAUUCAUAUUGGUUCAACUCAAGUUUAUUCUACUACAAAUUAUUUUAACGGUUAUAUUGAUAAUGUUUUCUUAACAACAAAAGUAAAAUCUUCAACAGAAAUUCUACGAGAUGCAUCCUUAAUGGCUUAUUAUUCAUUUGAUACACCAAGUCCAACUAUUGAUAGUGGGCCUAACGGAUUAAAUGGGAGUUCGACUAAUACAGUCAUAGUUACUGGACGUGUCAAUCAAGCAAUGAGUUUUCUUGGAUCAUCAUCAUCAUCCUACUUUCGAGCUUAUGGGUUUUAUCAGAUUCCUCAGGGCACUAUUAAUGGUAAAUCAUUUUCAAUUGCUUUGUGGAUAAAUCCAUCGACAAUCAGCAGUUUUUCCAUUAUUCAGACGAUAUCUGCAAGUUCUAACUUAUACCAAUGUGAAAAUUUGCUUGGUAUUUACUCAUCGAAUGGAUUAGUGGGACAGCUCUUUGUCAGCAGCUCUUAUAACGGUCCAUCGUUGAUGACAGGACCAUUUAUAGAGCAUAAUACAUGGACACAUAUUUCAUUGACAUAUAGUUCAUCAAAUGGAUACACAUUGUAUGCCAAUGGAGUUCGUUUUGGUGCUACUGGGAGUGUAUCAUUUAGUGCGAGUGGUACAUUUGCACAACUUUAUAUAGGCUAUGGCUUAAGUUGUUACUAUGGUUCUAUAGAUACUGCUUAUCAGGGUUCAAUCGAUGAGCUCUAUAUUUAUAAUCGAGAACUGUCACAAACAGAAGUUACUGAACUUGCUAAUCCAUGA